AUGUCAUCACCGAUGAUACUUACUUCUACGGUCAAUCUCCGCCGGUGUAUCCUACACGUAGACACCGGAUCAUGGGCCGCAGCCGUAGCCAAAGCCAAGAACCUGGUGUCCCAGUUGACUCUUGAAGAGAAAGUCAACUUAACUACAGGAGGUCAGACAACUACUGGCUGCUCUGGCUUCAUACCUGGCAUUCCUCGUGUAGGGUUUCCUGGACUAUGUCUAGCAGACGCUGGCAACGGCGUCCGCAACACAGAUUACGUGAGCUCGUUUCCGUCAGGGAUCCAUGUCGGCGCAAGCUGGAAUCCGGAAUUGACUUACAGCCGGAGUUACUACAUGGGCGCUGAGGCCAAAGCCAAGGGAGUCAACAUCCUUCUUGGUCCAGUAUUUGGACCAUUGGGCCGAGUAGUUGAAGGUGGGCGGAACUGGGAGGGCUUUUCCAAUGAUCCCUACCUGGCGGGCAAGUUGGGACAUGAAGCUGUCGCUGGUAUCCAGGAUGCCGGAGUUGUUGCGUGCGGGAAACACUUCCUCGCCCAAGAGCAAGAGACUCAUAGACUUGCUGCGUCCAUCACUGGGGCUGAUGCAAUCUCAUCGAAUCUCGAUGAUAAGACACUUCAUGAAUUAUAUCUUUGGCCUUUCGCUGAUGCAGUCCACGCCGGACUCGCCAGUGUGAUGUGCAGCUACAACAGAGCAAACAAUUCACAUGCAUGCCAGAACUCCAAGCUUCUCAAUGGCCUUCUCAAAGGUGAGCUGGGUUUCCAGGGCUUUGUCGUCUCGGACUGGGGGGCACAGCAAUCUGGUAUGGCUUCAGCGCUGGCCGGCCUGGAUGUUGUGAUGCCCAGCUCGAUAUUGUGGGGUGCCAACCUCACCCUUGGUGUGAACAACGGAACCAUUCCCGAGUCACAAGUCGACAAUAUGGUUACACGACUCCUUGCUACUUGGUAUCAGUUGAAUCAGGACCAAGACACAGAAGAACCAGGUCACGGACUCGCUGCCAAGCUUUGGGAGCCUCACCCCGUAGUAGACGCUCGCAACGCAAGCUCCAAGCCUACUAUUUGGGACGGUGCAGUCGAAGGCCAUGUUCUAGUCAAGAACACUAACACUGCACUGCCUUUCAAGUCGAACAUGAAGCUCGUUUCUUUGUUCGGAUACUCUCACAAAGCUCCUGACAAGAACACGCCAGAGCCCGCCCAAGGCAUGUUCUCCCCUUGGUCUAUCGGUGCCCAAUCUGCCAACAUCACUGAGCUGAACAUCGGCUUUCUUGGAAACUUGAGCCUUACAUACUCCGCCAUUGCGCCCAACGGAACCAUCAUUUCGGGUGGAGGGUCGGGUGCCAGCGCUUGGACUCUUUUCAGCUCACCUUUCGACGCAUUCGUUUCUAGGGCUAAAAAAGAGGGCACUGCGCUUUUCUGGGACUUUGAGAGCUGGGAUCCUAGUGUCAACCCUACUUCCGAAGCUUGCAUCGUCGCCGGUAAUGCUUGGGCUAGCGAAGGCUGGGAUAGACCUUCUACUUAUGAUGCCUAUACUGACGAGCUUAUCAACAACGUCGCCGACAAGUGCGCCAACACUAUUGUUGUUCUUCACAAUGCUGGAACGCGCCUUGUGGAUGGCUUCUUUAGCCACCCUAACGUCACCGCUAUUAUCUACGCUCAUCUUCCGGGUCAGGACAGUGGAGAUGCUCUUGUUUCGUUGCUAUAUGGCGAUGAGAAUCCAUCGGGACGUCUCCCGUACACUGUUGCUCGCAACGAGACGGACUAUGGUCACCUGCUGAAGCCAGACUUGACUCUCGCCCCCAACCAGUUCCAACACUUUCCCCAGUCCGACUUCUCUGAGGGUGUCUUCAUUGACUACCGACACUUCGAUGCCAAGAAUAUCACCCCUCGCUUCGAGUUUGGUUUUGGUUUGAGCUACACAACCUUUGAGUACACGAAUCUUCAAGUCACAAAGUCCCAGGCCCAGACACAAGAAUACCCAGCUGGUGCUGUUACCGAGGGAGGCCGUUCAGAUCUGUGGGAUGUUGUUGCUACUGUGACAGCAAGCGUUAGCAAUACUGGCUCUGUCGACGGCAAGGAGGUUGCACAACUGUACGUUGGUGUUCCUGAUGGUCCUGUGAGACAGCUGCGUGGCUUUACAAAGCCGUCUAUCAAAGUUGGAGAGACGGCUACCGUGACCUUUGAGCUUACUCGCCGAGACUUGAGUGUCUGGGAUGUUAAUGCGCAGGAAUGGCAACUCCAGCAGGGCAACUAUGCUAUUUAUGUCGGUCGAAGUAGUCGAGAUCUGCCUCUGCAAGGUACCCUGAGCAUCGAGUUAUGA